GCGUAUUUACAUUAUAUCUCGAUGCCUUACGAGAACCCAUCAAACGGCGCUACCAUGACAAAUUUAGAGCUCACGAGUUGAAAUUUUCGACUCAAAAAAGGUUGUUCUGGCUUAUGAGUAGAAAGACGCAGAUCAGCUGUCUAUUUUAUACCUUAAAAUAGCAACAUUCUACUCCUAUUAGUAUCAAAUAAUGGCCGAGUCAUCUUUAGAACACGCCAUGUUCAACGUCCUGAAAAAUGCAGCGGUCGAAGGGGGGGCACCUAGAGCAGGCCUUUUAACCCUCCCGAAACGAAAACCAAUUGACACGCCCAACUAUAUUGGCCUUUCAUCACGAGGAGCAAUACCACAUAUGACACCAGAUGUCAUCUCCAAGCAUGCAGAGCUCAACGGCUCAUAUAUGGCUUUAGAAGACUUUAUAGAAAAAUCUCAGAGAAGAGCCCAACCCGCCGUCUUUAACAUGGGCGUUGAUGGUAAAGAGGCUCUACAUGCGUAUACCGCCACACCUACACCGGUAGCUAUAGUGCUCGGUGCUCGACGGCAUCCUGCAGUAGUUGCUCCUAUGGGUAAUGGGAAGGACUAUGUCUCAGUUUACACAUCAACUGGCUUCCAGAAGUUGAAAAAUAGCGAAUAUUACCAAGCUAUCGAGAAGCUCCAGCCAGACAUUGCAAUACCCCUUGCGGAUCUGACGUUCGGAAAUUCACAUAUUAGGACUAAGCUUCCGAAUCCGAAAAGGCAGCUCCGAAUGGUGGAGAGAACAGAAGACUGGCUGUCCGAAAUUAUAAAAUUAAGAAAUACUAAUGGUGAGAACGAGACUGCUAAGCCCUCUUUAUUUGCUCCACUGUUGCCGGUUGCUUAUCCGACGCAAUGGGAAUACUUAAACCGCCUAUCUCAGGACUAUGUCCAACAUCUGUCCGGGCUUGCGGUGUAUGAUGCGGAUAUCCUUCCGGACCUCAGCAAUCAUAAGUCCCUUGGUUCGCUGCCUCGUAUUUCCAUGGACUUUAUAACGUCACCACAAGAGAUCCUCCGGCAAACUCGCUUAGGGAUUGAUAUAUUCACUGUAACAUUUCUUAACGCUGCCUCGGAUGCUGGAAUCGCUCUUACCUUCUCGUUCCCACCACCACCCGUAAAAGCAGACGCAUAUCCGCUAGGAAUAGACAUGUGGUCGCCAGACCAUCAGGUAUCACUGACGCCCCUCGCAAAUGGAUGCGAAUGCUAUACCUGCACCAGGCAUCAUCGCGCCUACCUCCAGCACCUCCUAAACGCCAAAGAAAUGCUUGGAUGGACACUCCUCCAAAUCCAUAAUUACCAUGUCUUGGGUGAGUUUUUCAAGGGCAUCCGAGCUGCGCUUAUCGGAGAACCCUCGACGUUCGAACGCGACUGUGAUAUCUUUUCCGAGACCUACGAACCCGUGCUUCCUAAGGGUACCGGUGAGAGGCCUCGAGCUCGAGGAUACCAUUUUAAGACCGAAGGGGGGCAGUCGAAGAUUAACCAACCAGCUUGGGAGAAGUACGGCGAAGGUGGAACUGAAGACUCGACACUCGCCGGAGAGAUAGCAGGUCUGGCUGUAACAGGAACCACCGCAGAGGGAGGAGAGACCCCACUCGUUCCCGAUGCUGAAACUGAUGCCGAUGAGUUAGAUAGGAAGGGCUUCGCCGAAAUUGACAAGUGAGCUCCUUUCUAUAAGUGAUGACCUCAACUUCUCGCUACACUUGAUGAUAGACUACGCGCUGCAAUUGUGAUGCACCGUCAUUCGGUGAGAGGUAUGGCUAUGCAGUCAUUCAUCCGUCCCGGCCCAUUUUCAAGUCGGCUGGGUAUAGGUGGCUUAGUUGUCUGAGUGAAUUACUACCAGCUACCUACCUAGGUAGGUACCUCCUAACUUAAGAUGUGGGAUAAUUCGGUCGCCGAGGUCGUUAUUCGGUGGCCUCCACUUCCCUGCCACGCAAUCACUGGGGUUUGUUCCCGAGAACUUGGAACCAAGAUUCAUAUCUGCAUGUAAUGAGUUGACAUCCUUAUUGGCUUAUUGCACUGGAGAGCAAUACAGGUACAUGAAAGAGAAGUUAUCAUCGCGUCAAUCGUCCCUUUUCGAGUAGUAAACUGCGCCUAAACGAAUAAAGGCAAUUGAGCAUUACCCAAUAUUUUUUCUUUAUAUUGAUUAUAUC